AUAAAUAUCCAGUAAUGAAGAAAUUAAACUUUUAGCCUCUAGUUCUCACUAAUGUUUAAUCCUAAAUUCUAAUGCCGGUAGUUUUGAGUCUAAGCCUUACACCUUUAGCCUUAGGAGGGCAUUCAAGUUUCCUUUUGAUACCAAAGUCUAGACUUCAGACUGCCAGACUAGGUGUAAUUACCUAAAGGUAAGAGUAAUAAUCUCAUUGGUUUAUCUCUCUCAUAACGAAUUGAAAUAACGUGGGAAAUCCUGAUCCCCAUUCUCCGCAUUUCGCUAUCCCUCAAGAGGCAACCUUCAACUCCGAUCUUCACCGUUCAGGAAGUCCGACCGGCCAUGAGGAUCCACCUGACGCCACCUACGCCCCAUACGCCUGGGUAAGAGGAAUGGCAAGAUCCACCGCCUCAUCCAUCGGGGAUCUGUCUGCGUCCCUGCCUCUUUAAGGCAAAUCGGAUGUUUGUUUUAAAAACCGCAAGGCUGAGUCGCGUGUCUGACAGAAUUUUUUUUUUUGCUUUUCUUAUCUCGUCUUACAUGCAACUCACAUAAAUCUUACCUACUUGCAUGUAGUCCCCGACGACGAUCUCUCCGCGUAACAAAAGAGCUGCGGGGAUUGUACAAGGUCGUUUCGUUGCUGCAUGAAGCAGCAAACUUUUCUCUCGCAAACCUUUUCGCAGUGUAGGAGAGGUGGACGAUGAGACAAGACGGCGGCGACAAUGUGGCCUAUGCGACCGACUCCGGCCAGGCCGAGACGGAGUCGAAAGGGGAGCUUGAGCGGACCGCGUCGAAUCGCAUUGGGGAGAUGAACCUCGCGACAGGGCAUCAGCUAAAGAGAGGCUUGAAAAGUCGGCAUAUCCAGUUUCUUGCCCUCGGAGGCGCAAUCGGAACCGGUCUGUUCAUCGGUUCGGGUCAGAUCCUCGCUACCACGGGGCCGGCACCCUUGUUUAUGGCGUACUUGUCUAUGAUGUUCAUCGUGUGGGUUAUAAUGAACGAUUUGGCUGAGAUGGUCACGUACCUACCCCUGAAAGGAAUCUCCAUACCAUAUUUCGUAGGCCGCUUUGUCGAACCUAGUCUCGCCUUCGCCGAUGGCUGGAACUACUGGUACGCGUACGCGAUGCUCGUCGCCGCAGAAUGCACCGCCGGGGCCAUCAUCCUGCAGUACUGGACGACCGCGGUCCCCGUCGCCGUCUGGAUCGCGCUGCAGCUCAUCGUGAUCCUGCUCCUCAACAUCAUCGCCGUGUCCUUCUUCGGCGAGGCCGAGUUCUGGUUCGCCAGCAUCAAGCUCAUCACCAUCAUCGGCCUCAUCAUCCUCAGCAUCGUCCUCUUCUUCGGCGGCGGCCCCAACCACGACCCCCUGUACUUCCGGUAUUGGCAGGACCCGCCCGGCGCCUUCGUCCCGUACCUCGUGCCGGGCAGCACGGGCCGCUUCCUCGCGUACUGGACCGCCUUCGUGCGCGCCGGCUUCUCCUUCAUCACGUCGCCCGAGCUGAUCGCGCUCUCGGCGGGCGAGACCGUGGCGCCGCGGCGCAAUAUCCCGAAGGCAGCGCGCCGGUUCGUCUGGCGCCUCGCCAUCUUCUACGGCUUAGGCUCUCUCGCGAUCGGCGUCAUCGUGCCGAACGACGACGGCCAGCUCCUGUCCGGCGACUCCAACGCGUCGGCCAGCCCGUACGUCAUCGGCAUCGCGCGCGCCGGCAUCCGCGGCCUCAACCACGUCAUCAACGCCGCGAUCCUGACCUCCGCCUGGUCCGCCGGCAACGCCUUCUGCUACUCGGGCUCGCGCGUGCUGUACUCGAUGGCGGUCAACGGCCAGGCGCCGCGCGUCUUCGGCCUCACGACGCGGCGCGGCGUCCCCUGGGUCGCCGUCCUGUUCACGCUGGCUAUCGCCUGCCUGGCCUUCCUCAACGUCUCGAACUCCGGCGCCCAGGUGUUCGCGUGGUUCACCAACAUCUCGACGAUCUCGGGCUUCAUCGCCUGGAUCGUGAUCCUAAUUACGUACCUGCGUUUUCGGAAGGCCGUGCAGCACCACGGGCAGCUCGAGGCGCUGCCGUUCCGCACCCCGCUGCAGCCCGGCGCCACGUACGCCGUGCUGUUCCUCGUCAGCCUGCUUACCCUGACGAACGGGUUCCAGGUCUUUUUUCCCGCGCAGUGGAGCGCGUCGGGGUUCCUGGCGGCGUAUAUCACGAUCCCGGUUUUCCUGGUGCUGUACUUCGGGCACAAGAUCGUGCAUAGGACGAAGUUCGCGAGGAGGGUCGAGGACGUGGAUAUUUGGACGGGGAAGAAGGAGAUGGAUGACAUGUCGGCGGCGGACGUGGAGCCCGUGCCGAGGAAUUGGGUGGAGAAGGCGUGGUUUUGGCUUGCUUGAGCCGAAGUAGAUGAUAUUAUGAAAAGUUAUUUUAGGAUAGAGUUAGCGCUUUUGGGAAGCUCUGGAUAGAUGAAUGAGAUGUUGAAAAUGAUGGUCUCAUGGUGUUCGUUGUGGAAUUAAGAUGUCCAAGUUCCACCUUGUUCUACGAGAGAUUAGGUCACUGGAACGGGAUUGUGACAAAAGACGUCGUACAAAAUACGGAUUUAACUCGUAGCGUAACACAUAUCAACUGCCGAAAUUACGGUUACCGGCGAAUAAGCCUAGCUUUAUUUAUGUUGUUUGACUAUGUCGGGCUUCUGUGAGGGGUGGAGAUCGGAUGCCCCGUAGCGUUAAAAUAGCACCACGGAUUUGGCUAGGUGUUCAGCUAGGUACUCACUAGACACGAUUGGUGAUCAUAAGGACUCUCUCGGGGUAAUCAAGAC